AAAGUCAUCCGCCACUCUGGCUACAGCUCUGCAACACUUGACAAUGAUAUUAUGCUCAUCAAGCUUGUCCAACCAGCCCAGCUCAACCGAGCGGUCCAAACAGUUCCUCUGCCUACCAGCUGUGUGGCCACAGGCACCACAUGCCUAAUCUCUGGCUGGGGUAACACGCUUAGCAAUGCCAGUGAGUAUUCUUGCCUGAAGGCUCCUGUACUCUCCUCAAGCCAGUGCAGCAAAGCCUACCCUGGGAAAAUUACCAAGAACAUGAUAUGUGUAGGCUUCAUGGAGGGAGAGAAAGACUCCUGCCAGGGGGAUUCCGGUGGUCCAGUAGUCUGCAAUGGUCAGCUCCAAGGCAUUGUUUCCUGGGGUAUUGGAUGUGCGCAGAAAGGCUAUCCUGGGGUUUACACGAAGGUUUGCAAUUAUGUCUCCUGGAUCGAGGCAACUAUGUCUUCCAACUGA